AUGAACGUGAAUAUGUUCAAAGCGGCGGACUAUGUCCCCCAGGAUGCUGGUCUUUCGUAUCAAAACACACUCCCUGCUGUAGAGGAGCUACCGCUACCUCGAGACUUUACCUGGGGUACUGCUACGGCUGCGUAUCAGGUUGAAGGCGCCGCCUUCCAGGACGGCAAAGGGAAAUCCAUCUGGGACACUUUCACUCAUCUUGACCCUUCUCGUACCAACGGGGAAAAUGGAGACAUUGCCUGUGAUCACUACAAUCGCAUGGUGGAGGAUGUUAAGUUGAUGGCCUCAUAUGGUGUUGAUGUGUAUCGUUUCUCGAUCGCCUGGACCCGAAUUAUCCCUCUAGGCGGACGUGACGAUCCGAUAAAUGAGAAUGGAAUCGCAUUCUACAACAAGCUGAUCGAUUGUCUCUUGGAGCAUCAUAUUGAGCCCGUUGUGACCAUCUAUCAUUGGGACGUACCGCAAGGGAUCUACGAUCGUUACGGGGCCUUCUUGAACACGGUCGAGUUCCAGGCGGACUUUGAACAUUAUGCACGGCUGUGCUUUUCUCGUUUUGGGGAUCGAGUCAAACGGUGGAUCACAUUUAACGAGCCCUAUAUUAUUUCAAUUUUUGGUCACCAUAGUGGGGUGCUUGCUCCUGGUCGUAACAGCACAACAGGGGGGGAUUCGAGAAUUGAGCCAUGGCGUGUUGGCCACACCAUCAUCCUUGCCCACACCUCUGCGGUGCAGACCUACGCGACAGACUUUCAACCCACACAGAAAGGUGAUAUUUCGAUUGUCCUGAAUGGACACUUUUAUGAGCCGUGGGAUGCCGCCAGCGAAGAACAUCGGUUAGCUGCCCAACGUCGCUUGGAGUUUUACAUCGGUUGGUUUGGCGACCCCAUCUUCCUAGGAAAGGAUUAUCCAGCACCCAUGCGAGCUCGGCUUGGUAGUCGUUUACCUGGAUUCACAUUGGAAGAGCUGGACCUUCUGCGUCGCUCAGCCCCAAUCAACUCGUUUUAUGGUAUGAACCAUUACACGACCAAAUACGCACGAGCUCUACCUGACCCACCGGCAGACGAUGACUGCACCGGUAAUGUGGAGGAGGGGCCCACUAACAGCGAGGGGAAGACCACAGGACCUCUAUCUGGCAUGUCCUGGCUACGGGUGACACCCGCAGGGUUCCGGAAGUUGAUGAACUGGGUCUGGGAUCGCUAUGGUCGACCAAUCGUAGUCACUGAGAAUGGAUGUCCAUGUCCAGGCGAAAGUCAGAUGACGAAGGAGCAAGCCCUAGACGACCAGUUCCGCAUUCGGUACUUUGGGUUGUAUCUCGAUGCUAUUUCCCGAGCAAUUUAUGAUGACGGGGUGAAAGUCGAGGGCUACUACGUCUGGUCAUUAAUGGAUAACUUCGAGUGGUCUGCUGGCUAUGGCCCUCGCUAUGGAAUCACACAUGUCGAUUUCACAACCUUAGUCCGCACACCCAAACAAUCGGCAAAGUAUUUACAGAGCAGUUUCAAGAACCGUAGGGCCACAAACCGGAGAUAG